UGUCAGGAAGUAGCGCAGCGUGCCGAGCGUCACCGACACAGUCACGUUUGUUUAUUUUGAUGUGUCUUGUCUGAUUCACAUCGUUGGAUUCCGGUCAUUUGGUAGAAACCACUGUUGGUCAAAAAGCCGAAGUAUCUGUUCAGGUGGACGGUGUGACAUUUCAAGAGCAUGGCCGAAGGUCCAGAAGCUGAUGUGGACGAACCGCCCAGUAUUAACUUCCCUCCGCUCAUCACUGUGUCUGAUCUGCCCGGUGCCACCGCUGCAGGCCGUAACCUGAAGGAAUGGCUCCAGGAACAGUUCUGCGACAAACCUCUGGAGCAGGACGACAUGCGGCUCCACAAUGCAGCCUAUGUCGGAGAUCUGGACACCCUGAGGAACCUACUGCAGGAAGACAGCUUCAAACGGCGUAUCAAUGAGAAGUCUGUGUGGUGUUGUGGCUGCCUGCCCUGUACCCCUCUGCGGAUCGCAGCCACAGCAGGUCACGCUGCCUGCGUGGCCUAUUUGAUCGCCCAGGGAGCCGAGGUGGACCUGGUUGAUGUAAAAGGUCAAACAGCCCUCUAUGUAGCUGUGGUUAAUGGUCACCUGGACUGUGUCCAGAUCCUCCUCGAAGCCGGAGCCGAUCCUAACGGAAGUCGGCACCACCGCAGCACCCCGCUGUACCACGCCGCGCGGGUGGGAAGGCUGGACAUACUGCAGGAGCUCAUCAGGUUCAAUGCAGAUGUAGACAUGGACCACCAACUGGGGCCCCGGCUCCUCUUAAGUGCACGCACCCUCAACACUCUGGUGGUGUGUCCUCUCUACAUCAGCGCUGCCUACCAUCACCUCCACUGUUUCCGGCUGCUGCUCCAGGCCGGCGCUCAGCCUGAUUUCAACUACACAGGGCCUGUCUGCCAAGAGGCUCUGACCCGUGGCCUGGCCUCCUGCCUGCUGGAUGCUGUCCUGCGACAUGGAUGUGAGGUGGCCUUUAUCUACCUGCUGCUGGACCACGGGGCCAAUCCCGCCCUGGUGCCCUGGGACGAGUCAGAGCUUGAGGCUCCUAAUCGGAGGAAGGUGGACCCGGAGGCGCUCAAAGUCUUCCUGGAGGCAAGGAGAUGCCCUCGUAGGCUGACACACCUUUGUCGCAUCAGGAUCCGCAGAGCGAUGGGCAAAACUCGUCUAAACCAUAUACCCUCGUUACCGCUACCACAACCCAUCAAGAACUUCCUGCUUCACCAAAACUGACAACCGUCCAUCUUCUCUAUUUCUGCAGAGCUUAUCCAACACCACUCCCCAGGAUAGAGCAUUUUGUGAACACUAUUAGCUAUUUGCUUAUUAUUUUCUAAUAAUAACCAGUUAAUUCUAUAUUUUUUCCAAAUAUUUUUGAAGUUAUGUAAUACUCUGUCACUGUAAUAAUUUAUUACAUUAGUAUAUGUGCAUCCUAAAUGUUUGCUUUGACUUCCUGAAGUCACCAGCAUGUGUCGCAUUGCUACUUUAGUAUCACUUAUUAGCUUCAUAACCAAAGUGAGAAUAUCAUUUGGAUUGAAGCAAUGACUUAAUCAUGCCCUGUAUUAAAUAUCCCGUUCAGAGAGACACUGUCCAGAUCCAACUCCUUGAAUUGCUCACAUACUGUAUCUGUUUUAUGUAAAGUUGGAUUUUAGGCCUUUUACCAACUCUCAGCCAGAGUGAAUGCAGAGUGCAGCAACCCAGUAUUCUUGUUGUUAUUACAAGUUUAUACUUAUAUUAUAAGUGAUCAGUAGAGUCAAGAGAACGGAUAAAAAAAGGAUUAGAUUUGUUUCCUAAUACUACUAUUUUGAUACAUUAAGCACUUUAUUUUGGCUGGCAACGUGAGCGAUGGACAGUGGGUUAGCAAACUAACACUGUCAUUGUGUGUUUAGAUUUUUUCUUUAACCGUACAUUCUUCUUUAACCAUAUGCCUUAAUAUUGAGUUUUGGAAAAUGGCCUCAAAGGUUAUUCAGACCAGAAAUAAUAAAUAUCAAAUUCUUGUCUAGGAAAAUUAGCUUUAGAUUUAAGCAUAAAAUGAGCAAUUUAAGUUCCUGGUUCUGAACUAAAGCACUGUUAGCAAGAGAAAGGGUUCAGAUUUGGGUAUAAUUAUUAAUUAAUCAAAAACUAUGAAGGCGUCUUUGUAAAAAAUGGACUGUUCAAGCUUAUUUAACAACAUAUGACUGAAACUACUGAAGUGUAUAAUGUGCAUAUCUGUUGCAGAGCUUUGUUUCGUUUCCUGGUUUGACAUGAAAUCAGUGCAAUUUGCUUUGUACAGCUUUAUUUGCAUACAGUAAAUGUACAAUAAUUCUA